UUUGCGCGUAAAAGUUACCAGCUUAUCUACCUUAAGGCGGUACCGCGCUUGUAUUGUACAUGGAAGUCUUCAUAAAGAAAUACACUGCCUUUAUUUAUCUGGUUUUUUUUCAGUUUCUGGACAUAGCUGAACUUUAGAGUUUUGCAUGAGCGAAAAAAUUGGGUCCUGGUUUUCUAAACUGUAAUUAUCUAUCACAAGUUGAUGCCCAUAGCUCUCUGUCCGCGAGAUUAAAAAUACAGUGAAACAGCCAAAGACUCAAUCUCGAUCCCAGGGUCUUUCGCGCCAGUCACACCCAGAGAGCAAAAAAGUAGCCCAAGUAAUGAUAUUGUAUCUUUUUUACAUUUUUCUUAAUUUUUAACUUUAUCCCACAAUCCUCUUCCUCAGGGCUCUUAGCUGACGACGAAGACCCUGCUGUCCUCAAAUAUGCAAUUUGAUUGGUUGCAUAUAUUUUUCUCCCAAGGACAGGAACUUUAAUAUCUUGAAAACUCACCCUAAAGACGUGGACGUUUUUCAAAUUUUUUUCGUGCAAAGCAUCUGAAUUUUGACAAUUGAUAACGAGUGAUUAUUGCAUUAACUUUUUUUCUAUGACGUCACGUGUUGCUACGACAACAGGUAAACAUAAAUUUGGAGUCUAUUCUAAGAAAUAUUUUGCUGUCAAAUUGCGAAGCUUGGUAAUCGUCUGUCCUUGGUAAGAAUCGGACACCUAAACAGCUGCGAAACUUUUUUAAUAUUAAUUACACCCACACUGCUUUGGACCCACCAUGCCCAGUGGUAAAUAAUAUGGCUUGUUAAUCGUUUCUAAGAGGAUUAUUUAUCCGGUUUGAGCCUUUUAGACACGUUAUGAAGUAUAGCCAACCAAAAUUGUCAAAAGUACGUUCGAAAAAAUGGGAAAAUUAUGAUCCCUCAAGCGGGUAAUAAAACAAUGCUAAUGAAAUUUUCCAGUGCCUCAAUCGACUUUCAUGUAGGCCAUUAAACUCAAAAUUAACUUCUAGUUUCGUAAACCUCUUUUCACUUGACACGUGCUACUAUGAUAAAAAAAUUACUAGCAUCUGAUAGUAAAGUAAUUUUUGAAUAGCCUUCAGAUGAAUAAUCUUAAUUGAUCUGGUUGUGACCGAUUAAAAAAUCACAAUUCCUAUUUAUUAUUUCUUUCACCUAGCCGUUACUGACAAGUAUUAACGCUAUACAAAAGAGUUGUUGAAAAAAGCAUCAUGAACGAUAAUAAAUUGUAAAAAAGAAUUUUGCAUCACUAUGCGUUGUUUUACGUACGUAUCAUAGUUGUUUACUUACCUAGGACAAAAGAGAAAAUGCUACUGGUGUCUUGUUAAAAGGCUGCUAUACAAAAUGGAAUGUUGUCUUCAUGAACAGAUUAUGUGAAUACUCUUCGUUGAAACAGAUUCGAAAUGAUUGAGAUGGAUAAUCCACAAAACGAGUACGAUGACGAUUUUCUAAGCAAAGUGGAUAAUACUUGGAUGAUGAACGAGGCUGAAGAAUGGAAUAUGUUACAAAACUCGGCAAAGAAUUUGUCUGAGAUGAUCGAAAAGUUAGAGAGAAAAGUUGAAAACAACUUUCAAAGUUUAACUGAGAAAAUUAUUGGCAUAGAAAAGGAAGACCUUGACAAAACUGAAAAACUGCUGCAAAACUUCAAAACUCGUUGGAUGACAAAAUGUAAAGAAACGGAAAAUCUUCGUAUUUCGUUAAAACGAGCAACGCACGAAAGUACAAGAGUAAACGACGAGUAUCACGAGAUGGAAACGUCCAUAACGAAAAUGCGACAACAAUUCGGUAAAGCUAUUGAUUCAAGUGUGACGGAAAUGGAAGAAUUGACGAUAUGUAACAAUGCUUUGUCAGAGACGAUACAAGAACUGGAAUCAAAAAUUAUCAGAGGAGAGAAAGCUUUCAAGCAAAAUGCUAAAGACAAUUUGGACUCGCUUAGACAAAUCAUAACAAUAGCGGAAAACGACGACGUAAACAUGAGAACGUUACGAACGAGACUGAAGAAAGAAGCCGACAAAAUCGACCGAAUGAUUGUCGUUGAGGAUUUGUUUUCGGGUGAUAAAACGCAAACAAACAGCAACUUAGCGGAAAAAAGUCAAAAAAUGGUCGAUGCGAUUUCUCAAGGACUUGUCGAAACUUUAAAACAAGAACUUCGCGAAAGUCGCAAUAUUGCUGAAAACCAACGGCGCCGGAUAAAAGAUUUAGAACGAGAAAAGGAAGAAUUUUUAGAAAACCAGCUCGCGUUAAAAAACGACGGGGUUGAUGAAAUGAACGAGCUACUUGGAUAUCUUCGUAAAAGUGUUCUACAACGUUCUCCAGACGGCAACGAUGACGACAAGUCAGAUUUCAACAUUGUCAAACGAAACUUUAACACGAUGAAGAAUCUUAUCAACAGUAUGAAAGAUGGCCUCGAUAAGUCAUACAAAAAGGUAGCUAGCAAAUCGAGUGAAAUUAUUGAUUUAAAUGAUAACAUAAAAGAUCGGGAUGAUCAAGUCAGACAAUACAUCACUCAAGUCGAAACUCUGGAGAGCGAGAAAAGUCGCUGGAAGUUAAAAUUAGAACAGAGCGAAACUCAGUACCAACUUGCCACAAACGAGUUGCACACGGUACAGGAACGAUUAAAAACACUCGAGGAAGAACGGAAAAUAUUGUUAGAAGAAACACAAGAAUUAAAAGGCGGAAAAGAGAAUAUUCAAACAGUUUGCAGUAGUCUAAGCGGAGAAAACGAAAAUUUGGUACAGCGAGUCAAAACUAUGCAAACGGAGAGAGACAAAGUGUUUACAGAUUUGCACGAACAAAUUCAAAAACUUAACCAAUAUUCGAUCGAAAACAAUGAACUCGAAAACAAAUGUGGAAAUCUCGAACUUGCUAUAUCAAAACUACGGCGAGAAUAUCAAGACCAAACGCGAGAAAUGAAUAUAUUAACGCGGGAGAACGACGAACGAAAGACUUCGUUGCAAGAUGUAGAACAAGAAAAAAUAAAACUGAAACGAACUGUAAAAUCGGUUGAAACGAGAAAUAAAGAUCUCGAAGAUCAAAUGUUUCAACUUACAAAUGAAAAACAGAAGUUAACAAGCGAACUAGAAAAAGUAAAAAAAACAUACGAAAGUCACGAAGAAACUUGUAACGAACUAAUAAAGAAGCUAGAAACUAGUCGCGAAGAGCGCGGGAAAAUUGAAGAAAAAAUAAGAAGCGUUGAAAAAGAGAAAAAGGAUGUUGAAGAGAAAAACAAAGAGCUCGCCUCAUCGCUACAACAGGACGAAGAAUUAAGAAAGAAACACAAACUUUUAUUAUCUUCCUACGAAAAACUUCUGAUCAAAAUACUCCAUCAAAGAAAAGAAAUGCUAGAACUUCUAAACUUAAAUAAAACAAGCGAAUUCAAAGACGUAUCCUUACAGGUAAGCUCCACUCAAAGCGUAGACUAUAAAGACAUAUCACAGAUUGAAAAAAGUAUUAAAUCAACGGUAGACGAAACAGAUAGUACAUUUGAAGGAGUAACAACCGCGUUCAGACGCGCAACAACUGAUGUGAAGCUUUAUCAAAACUUUUUCACCGAGUUGACCAACUACAUGAAAAACUUUGAUGAUCCUGAUUCGUGUUAUAGUACAGAAAACGAUAUUUCUGAGCCAGUCUUGUUUGUACCCGGUCGUGACGUCAGCGACGGUAAACGCGGAUUAAGCGCUCUAAAAACAACACCUAAAUCUGACCCUGAGCUGCUUCCGAAGCUUAUGAAUAAAAUACGGAACUGUAUGCAACAAGGGAAUCCGGACUCCAACCGCGAGAUUUUAGAAUUAAAACGCAAGCUAAAUAUUUCGAAUAAAAGGGUUCGUCAGUUGACUACAAAAUUAAAAAGUCGGAAAACCUUAGAAGCAAGUAUGAGAAAUAAAAUCUCUCACAUGAGAAAAGAAUUAAAAGUUUUCAAGGAAUCUCACAAAAGUUAUCAUGAGAACAUAAAAAAUACACCAUCCUCUCUACAGCACACUCCUUCUAAAGAACAAACACCUUUCGUUUCAGUUGAAAUAGAAGAUGUAAUUUUUAAGUUAAAAGCAAUAGAGGAGGAGUUGAAAACAGUUAGAAAUACUUUAAAUGAAUGUACGGAUGAAAAUUGUAAGAACAUGGUCGGAGAAGGAUUAGAAGUUGUUGACACAAAAUUAACCGAACUCUCUAAUCAACUCGCCGCGUCGAGUAAUAUUCGAUUAGUGUACAGCGAAAGCGCUGCAGAGCCUGACGACUUAAACGAAAGAUUUGGAAUUUUACAAGACCAGCGACAUUACAUGCUAGAACAUUUAACGUUCACUAACAAGAGAUUAGAGGUAUUAUUAAACUGUUUAAAAGGUAAAAACGAUGUUGAUAAAAAUAACAACAAUUUACACGAAGCGACCAUCCACGAACCAGUGUUUACAAAGCGAGUGUUAAAACGAGUCCGAGAUUCGUUUAAAUCCGACCAAGCCGUUAUGAAAAAGGCUUGUAGCAUAUUGGAACUAACUAAAGCUAUUAGUAUUACUGAUUUAUCCGAACUAGCCGAAAGUAAAGCGAUAAACGAAGAGCAACGAGAAAUGAUCGUGUUAGUGAAAGAUAUGAACGAGAACAUGGAGUCCGUUUUACGAGAGGCUCGUUCAAAUCUAACUGGGCCCAAGGUAGACAAGGUAAUGAACCAGCCACAAAAAGGUGCGCCUCAGACCGAGAUUGCAUCCAGUGAGACAAGUAAACAAGGAGAUAAAGAAAAUGAGUUAAUACCGAAGUCUGAGCUUCUUCAAAAAGAAAAUGAAAUGAAAGCGAGUUUAGAGAAGGCUCGAAAGAAAGUUGAAAAUCUAUCGCAGUUUUUGAAACAGAGAGAAGAACAGAUUAAAGAACGGGACGAGCUGAUCGCUAAAUUGAAUAAGGAGUAUGAAGAACUGAAAUCUAAAACUAUUGAUCAAAACGAUAUUAACAUCGCUACGCGCGACCGCAUGAUCAAGGCGUACGCAAACGCCAAAAAGAGGCUAGAAAAAGAGAACGAAUAUUUACAGUUGGUAGUGAAAGAAGUUCGGGAAGAGUUACUGAAUUUUCAAAAAACUUACAAGAAAGAAGAGGAAACGCAACAACACUUGCAAGAAUUUGUAAACGAACUUCAAAUUUGCAAGUCAUCGUUGGAACAGAGUCUUGACAGGAUGGCAUACGAACUAAAUAUUGUGAAACGUGAUCGAGACCAUCUCAUGAAAAUCGUCCACUCUAUGGGUAUACAAAACAAUUAUCAUAAUCACUCAUGGUACGGCGAAACUAUACCUAUGAAUCCUGGUAUGUAUAACGGUUACCAUGGUGAUCAGUAUUGUCCAGAGUGUAAUCUGUGCGCUUUUCAAGAUUUCUCAGCAAGUACGACACUUCCUUUUUCUGAAGAUGAAUGGGAUUGUACGGGUUCUUGUGAUGGAUUUGAAUCUUUACCCUCCGAUGGAGAACAAGCCGAUGUUGUAUCGUCAUCAGAAUCACAAACAUCAUCAAGGGUGGCAAAAACUAUCAAAACCGAAGAAGCAGCUGAGACAAUCAAGGCAAAAAAUCGUCCUGACAGAUACGCGAGGAAAGAAAAAUCUUCAGGAAAUCCACUGCUUUCUCCAAAGUUGUCCCGCAGUCGAUCCAAAACUUCUCCUUCCGCUGAUGUUUAUGACAACAUAUCUAUGGCUAGCACUAUCAAUUCCGCAAGAUCAGGUCGUGUCCAAGGUCGGCGGGAGCAGCUUUUGCAGGGAAACGGUCCUGGAAAUAACCCUGGCAUAAUAGUUAGCAGCCGACGAUCAUCACAGGAAUCUAGUGUCUCUUCAAACAAUUCACGUAACCGAUCAUCACCGGACGUACGACAUCGGAACUCUUUCCCACAUAAUAACAAUUCGGGUCAUCCGAACCAACUUUUAAAAAAUCCGGUAGUAGAUAUUGACAGCGCUGUAGAAAUGGCGGCAACGUCACAACAGCAAUAUUAUGAGGACCGGAACAUGACCCCGAUCAGUCCAAGAAAUCAGCUUGUUUCGCCGUUUUUAAAGACAAAUUACGACGUGAAAAAGCGAAAGAAGAAGUUUCUGGCUUUUGGUAAAAAAUAAUAACGCCUUGUGACUGUGAAUUGAUAUCGCUUUUACGCGUUUGUUUUCUAGUCAACGUUUAAGCAAUCAUAUUAUCUCCAACAGAAGACACGAUAUAAACACGAUACCAACACGAUAUAGAUUAUACCUAUUUCUAACUUAUUUAUUUAAUUAAUUUAUUUGUACAUCAAAAAUGUAAAAACUGUUUAUAAAAGAAAUGUUAUUACUCUUCAUA